CGAUCCUUGUACAAUACAACCCCCGUUAUUUAACUCAGUUUCUAUAAAUUGGCAUAAAGCCGAAACAGGUUGCUUCUUGCCAAUUCUUUUUCUUCUUCUUCCUAAAGCUUUCUUCACCACUUUAAACAACAGGUUCCUGGGUUUAUCAUCCGAUAUGGCGAAGUUGAUGAUCAGAGUUCGGAGCAGAGAUGGGUUGGAGCGGGUCACAAUCGACAACCCACACGCCACAAUCGCUCACCUCAAAUCCGAAAUCGAGACUCAGCUCCGAGUGCCCAUCCAAUCUCAAACGCUUUCCACAAAUCAAAAACUCUUGCUCGCCAAAACCCUAGACGACUUGGCCCAAUUCACCGACUUGUCCAACCCUCUCGCUCCGAUUUCUUCCGUCAACAUCGGCCAUGGCUCUAUCAUAUACCUGUCCUAUGAGGGCGAGCGGACCGUCGCCGGUCCGGCCUUCAACCCAGCAGGGUCGUUCGGGAAGAAGAUGACCAUGGAUGACCUCAUCGCCAAGCAAAUGCGCGUUUCCAGACAGGAGGAACCUCACUGCGAGCUUGUCUCAUUCGAUCGAGACGCCGCCAAUGCCUUCCAACAUUACGUCAAUGAGACGCUUGCUUUUGCCGUGAAGCGCGGAGGGUUUAUGUACGGGACCGUCUCUCCCGAAGGGAAAGUGGAGGUAAAUUUCAUAUAUGAGCCGCCUCAGCAGGGGACUGAGGAUAGGUUGUUGCUUCUGCGCGAUCCGCUUGAGGAGAAGCUCGUUGAUGCGAUUGCCAAGGGGUUGGGUAUGAGUAGGGUAGGAUUUAUCUUCACUCAGACUGUUACUCAAGACAAAAAGGAUUAUACUAUGUCAAAUGCAGAAAUUCUGCAAGCUGCUGAGCUGCACGGGGAGAGUGACUUGAAGGAGUGGGUGACAGCAAUGGUUAAAUUGGAGGUUAGUGAGGAUGGGGGUGCAGAUGUGCAUUUUGAGGCAUUCCAGAUAAGUGACGUGUGCAUUAGAUUAUUCAAAGAGGGAUGGUUUGAAACAGAAGGCAUUGAAGAUUUAGAUCCCAAGCUUUCGAGGAUGAAGAAAAAUGUAGUUGUUGGUGUGAAGGACACAAAAGAGGUAGACAAUGAUUUUUUCUUGGUCGUAGUCAAGAUUGCUGAUCACCAGGGCCAACUUUCAUCCAUAUUUCCUAUUGAGAACCGGAAUAUUCCAGUGACAAUGAAGGCACUGCAACCCCAUUUUGAUCGAACAAAGAAUCUCCCAUUUGUGAAGCAAAUCUCAGAUUUUCAUCUGCUGCUCUUAUUGGGGCAGUUUUUUGACAUCGAUGCUGAUGUUCCUGCAUUAACUGGAUAUGUGCGAGAACAAUCACCGGUCUCUGAGGGUUAUAAGCUCCUUAUAGAGUCCAUGGCUAGGACCUCUUAUUAAACCACUCAAUCAGCAAAUGUGAUGGUGAUGAUGACACAAUCGGUUGUGCUGCAAAUAUCGACUCUCACCCAAGCUAUCCGAAACCCCAUUUACUCUGGAAUUGGCAUGUUCGCUCGGUAGUGGUGUAUGCCUUGGCACAUUUUAUGCUGCUGUAACUUAAACACGCCAAUGUUUUUUUUUACUGGGAUGUCUUCUUAAUUUAACAUUUAUUUUGUAUUAUUAGGGUUCGCCUUUGUUUUCUUUUGCUGGAUCGAAUCCAAAUAUAUUCAAUUUGAUGCACUUGCAAAUAGAAUGAAAUUAAACAUAACAAUGUCAAGUUUUAGUUACAUUUGGUUACAGUUUAAACCAAAACAAUUGUAUUUACUAUGAACCUAUGAUGUAUGA